AUGACUGAGGUCGAGCUCGCCGACCGCCAGAAGCUGCUGCAAUCAAAGCGGGCGGAAUCGAGGUCAAUUGUGCACUCGCGCAAGCGCAAGCUGCGUGAGCUGUUCGCUGUUGCGACCGAGGAAGAUGGCAUUCCGAACUACGACUUCAGCGACCCCGACGCGCCGCCGAUUACGCCUGCCGAAGCAAAAUUUCUGAUUGAAACCGAUAUCCUGCAAAGUCGGCGUCUCAAUGAAGCUCAAAUACCUCCGCGCCGUAAGCCCUUGUUCGAUGCGCAAUGGCUCCGCGCGUUAUCCGGUUUUGGGGAUAUCGAAAACGUAGCGCGUGCAGUACCAGCGAAGCCGAUUGAGAACGGGCUUUUCCCAACCAAGACGGAAGAGGCGACCUUGGACGGCCCGAAGUCGUACUCCGGAGCAAAGGAUCAGCUCGAACCGCCACGAACUCCAAUAAAGGGCCUGCCCUCAAGCCAGAUACCAUUCUCUGAAGCAGUAGUGCCAAAGACUAUCACAGAACCCCAGGAUGGACCUACAGGAGGGCUGCAAGCGAAGAGCAGCGUGGCCCAUGGCAGGGUUAAUGGUAUUGCCGAUGGCGACGGCCGGAACGAAGCGCUACCAAACGGUCAAACGAUUAUCCCUCCCUCGGCGGAGUUGGCCAUGGCAUCGAGACCUCGCAUCGAUGUACAGUUCACUGGGAACAACCGAACAUUCACCCCAAUGGAAGUCAACGAAAGACCGAGCAACAAGGAUGCCACCUCCUCUGUCGACCACCGGACGCCCAUUGCAGAUUCCUCACGUUUUCCAGAUACAUUGUCAUCUCCGGGCUCUACCGCUCAAACAAUGUUGACCCCUGCUAUGCAUGAUGCAUCAGCCAACACCAGCCCCGAUAAUGAAGGCCCACAGUAUCUGGACAGAGUCGAAGAACAAGGCGGGGAUAAGGUACGGGGGAGUGGCGUUCAAACAGAAAAGAGCGAUAGUGUGGGCAGCACCUCCCUGUCCUUACGGCGUCCUGACCUGGACGUCUCGCUCCCGCCGGAAAUCAGUGGCGUUGAGGCACAACUUCUCCAAGAAUCUGCAGCAGCUCAAUCCUCACGGCCAAUCGAGCCCGCAAUCGGUACCGACCUGUCUCGAGAUGACUCCAACAAGGCCCUAAGUGACCAGGCCCGGCGCCAGCGCACCGUUCCAGCGACCCCAGACGCAGAUGACGGACAGCACGCCGAGAAGGCGGAUGCCAGCGUCAACUUCCAUGGCAAGCAAGGAGAAACCGUGGUCCCUAUAGAACCUCACACAGCGGAUCUGUCGUCAAAGCUCAACGGGCAGUCUACUGCAUUGAAUCCUGCACAUCCAGCUGGAGCCGCGCAAGAAUCACUAGCCACAGGGACGCCAGUUGCAGGGCCUUCGCCUUCAGGGCUCAAGCCCCAAGUUUCUGGUAAGGCUGAUAUCGACGAGGUGUGCACGAAACCAUCGCCUGCGGCCGUCCCUGUACCUCCUGGCGCGUCUCCCAAGCCUGCGUUGAGAGCAGCUGACGAAAAGGCCUCUGCUCCUCAAGCUGGGCCCUCUUCUCAACUCAAGUUGCUCACCAACAAGGCUAGAGACCCACGGCGAAGGAGCGUUCCCACUGUAAUCUUCGGCAAGCAGCCGACGAGACACAAGGCAGCCGAUGACAGUUCAUUGGCUGUUAGCAGACAGCGACAAGGACAGAUCCCAUCCGAUGACUACUUUAUGCCUCUCUUCAUCGAAGGCUUUACUCGCCAAUCAACGUGGAUGAAACCGAUCGAAAAACUCCUUAACCAGGCCCACAAGACGAUAUCUACGCGUGAUCAAUACAUAUCAAUCCUGGAUCACCAGGCUUGCAAGAUUCUGAGGCGAGUAUAUCACCUCCAGCAACACGACAAGUGGUCAUUAAGGCAACCUGUGCGAUGCCCGGAACCAACAAGGCCACCGUCUCACCAGGACCUUUUGCUCCAGGAGAUGAAAUGGAUGCGAACCGAUUUCCGCGAGGAGCGCAAGUGGAAGCGUGCAGUUGCGCGAAACCUUGCCUAUGCUUGCGCAGAGUGGGUUCACUCCAGCCCAGCCGAACGGUUGGCGCUGCAGGUGAAUGCCGUGAUCCCAUCGCCACCUGUGGCUUCGGGAGCAGAUGAUAAGAUGGUAGACGCUCCGGAUAUCCUCGAGGAACCGCUACCAGACCUGGUUCAUGCUGAUACUCCUGGGGACAACGAGGAGGAGCCUUUGGAGAUUGCGGUUACAACCGUCGCGCCUUCAGCGAUCUUUGCUUUGCAGGACGAUGAGGUGGUGUUUGGUCUCCAACCUUCCAAGACGGCCGAUCUGUUGUUGGAAAACCUUCCCAUGUAUGGCUCGCCCCUCAAGGUUCCCAAAUUUGAUGUCUCUGGACCUGAAUACGAUCCGGAUGCCAAGUGGAAACGACCGGCGCUGCCUCUGAGCAAAUAUGUUGAAGGCGAGAUGGUUCUGGUAGGCGAACGGCCGCCGCGGAAGCGGCGCCGAUACGACUACCCUGUAGAAGACGAUGACGAUGGUGAGGAAGUCAUCUUUAACAGCGAUCCACCCGACUCUGCAGAGUUACAGCCGGAGAACAGCGCGGUUGCGUUGUUCAGCCCAGAAAUGAAGGCGAUUCGAGAUCGACUGCACGCUGGCCAUCUGUUCCGGCCGCCUACCGAGUAUCCUAUGCCCCCGCAAAGCUUCUUUGAGAGUCGAACAGCCUCUCAAUGGACAUACGCCGAAGAUGAGCAGCUGAAGUCUCUGGUCCGCGAAUGUUCCUACAACUGGUCUCUCAUUUCGUCCAUGGCGUCGACGCCGUCCAUAUUUACCUCUGGAGCCGAGCGACGUACGCCGUGGGAGUGUUUUGAGCGGUGGGUGAGCCUCGGGAGUCUUGAAGGUCUGCCAAACGACAUGGCGAGAACGCCGUACUUCAAAGCCUACCAAAGUAGGAUAGAUGCCGCCCAGCGGACUAUUGCACAACAGAACCAAAACGCACAACAGCAAGUCGGGCCGAACGGGGCAGUUACCCCGGUUCCCAGGCGAAGAGCGACCACGAGCGUACGCGUUGAACGACGACGAAAUCAAAAGCAUCUGGCGCUGAUUGAUGCUAUGCGCAAGCUGGCUAAGAAGCGGGAAGCGGCGGCCCAGAAGGCGCAGCACGCAGCUAACCAAGCAGCCAUGCGCAAAGCCAACGAGGUUCCACGGCAGCAGAUCCAGAACAAGACGCCCCGGGACUACAGCAUAAUGAGGUGGGAACGGGACCAGCAACUUGCUGAGAGGAUGGCUCAAUACGCCCUGCGGCAUGCGACUGUGGAUGCACGGAGACUGCCAAAGCAAAACCAUCCUGCCCAGCUUCCGGGGACACCCGGUGCGGUCCCACUGCCCCAGAAUGCAGCCCAGAUCGCUGCGGCAAAUGCCGUCAACAGCGCUGCUCGUCUCAACCUCCCUGGCCAGCUUGCCAUGGCCGCGCAGAAUCGCACGCCGGGACGGGUUGCGCUCCAGACUCCCCAAGGAGCAGUUCCUCCUGCGGUGCAAGCCCGACUUGCCGGGGGGCUCGUCCCACCAUUGCCAAUGGCAGGCGUGUCCCAGGCUGCUCAACUCCAGGCACUGCAAGCGCAGCAUAGGAUGCCCAUAGUCAAUCCACAGCCGGAUAUCAGCCUCAUGAUCCAAGCCCGGACAAUACAGAGCCAGCAGCGGGCGGCUAUCCAACUGCAGCAGCAACAGCAGCAGCAGCAGGCUCAACAGCAGCAGGGCCAGCAACAGACGCAGCAGGGUCAGCAAGCACAAGCGUCGCAACAGCAACACCAGCAGCAAGCUACUCCACAGCCGCUCCCACAGCAACAGGUGGCCCAGCAGCAACAGCACCAGGCUGGUCAGCAAGUGCCACAAAUUCCCCAAGUGAACGGGACCCAAGGGUCACCAAGUCCGAUGCGUAACGUGAUCAACGGCAUCAACGGCAUCAACGGCAUCAAUCAAGGGGCGUUUAUGACCAAUGCCCAGGCCAUGAUGGCACAAUUUGCCACGGGUGCGGGAUUGGCUACGUCACCCAACGCGGGUUUGAGCAUGCCUGCCGCCGCAGGUCGAUCGCCGGGCGGGAUCCUGAGUCAGCAAAUCAACCAGCGGCUUAUGGACCUCGAGGCGCACUAUCGGGCUAAGAACCCGAACCUGCCACCGGAUGCGAUUAGGCAGCUGGCAACAGAGCACUUGAGUAGGAUGAUAGUGCAGAGCCAGCAGCAAGCCGCGAUGAAUGCCGCGGCGGGGGCCGUUGCACAGCAGCCAAUGAAUAGCCCACAUCAGUAUGCGUCGCUUCUGCGGGCGCAGCAGCAGGCACAGGCGCAGCAGGCAGCACAGCAAGCAGCAGCGCAACAGGCAGCGCAACAACAAGCAGCGCAGCAUCAGAGACAGUCCAGCGGAAGCGCAACGCCGGCACCGGGAAAGUAG